CCUUAAACCGCCAAUUGUCUGUCAGAACAGGAAACCGCGGCCAAUUCAAUUUGAUGCAUUUUGUUUGGGAUAUUUACCACCGUGUUUAUCCACUUUGUCUGCAUGAGUUAGAAUACAACUACUUGCACGCAUCUGAAAGUAUUGUUUAAGUUAAGACAUCGAAUGGGACUAUUUCUUUUUUAGCUAGCCAGCUUGCUAUCUGUGUUCAAAUUAAAUCCUGAUUUUUCGCUCAUAUUUAGCCAAGUUACAUAGCUAACGUUAGCAAGUUCGUGUUCAUAUCAAGGAAUUGCGGUCAGUUGGUUUCAGUCGCAAUGGGUAGACGGCGAUCGGAUCGAACGGUCACUCCGCUUCGGCGGUCGUCUCGUCUGAGAAAUAUCAACCCAGUCCCAGAGGAUACAGAGAAGAUGGAUAAGGUUACCCUAGAAGAGCAGUCAGAGGGGGAUGAAGAGUUGAGUGAAACAGUCGCCACAGCCGAAAUGUCCAGUAUACCUGGUCAGUCCCACCCAGUGUCACCGGAGGGGUCCAGUGCCAGAGAACAGCUGGAACAAAGCGGCAUGAUGAGUCCUGGAUAUUAUACUGUGGUCUUGAACCGAUUGAAGCUUGAUGAAGAGGAUUUUAGUGAUGUAGAAAAAGAGGAACAGGAGAAAAAAGAGGAUGGAGAAAAAGACCCAAAGACCAAAGCUGGCAGGCAUGCCACCUCUCGAAUCCCCACCUUUCAAAGUUCAUCUGGCCGAAAGCGUGCCACUGGACAAGCUGUGGAGCCAGCCAUACAGCCUCCAGCAAGAGUAGAGUCCUCUAACCUUCCGGUCCAUUCCAGGGCAAAGGGCAGUGGCAGUGGCUCAACUAGACUGACUGGACCAGGGCACAGGGAGACAGCCCUGCCUCUUCCGUUAGCACGUCUUCCCAUUAGCAGCAACGAUGCUGUGCUGCACACGACCGCUACCCCACUGGACAGUCCCGUCCCUUCUCACAAAAGGAGCCAGUCCCCCAGACUAAUUCCCACCGGAGCUAGUGACUCUCAGCAACUUGAUCCACUAGUCAUCUCUGCUCGUCUGCCGAUCAGGGCAGAGACAGGACCCCCCAUCCCUUACCUGCUUUCAGAAGCUGCCCAAGAUGUCACAGUUCAACAUGAAUCUGUGAGCAGGGGUCCUCCCCCUUCUAAAGACUCCAGCACCCCACCACUUCUUGAAGAGCAUAUGCAAGCUGGGGAGAAUGGCCAGAUAUCUGAAGGAUUAGAGGAAGAUGUGGAGGUGGACGUGGAGAUUGAGCCCCUGGAGGAGGGCGAGGAAACUGGAGAGAGCGACGAGGGGUCUGAGUCUGAGUCCGAGAUCAAAGAAAAGGAGCCCAGCCAAAGCAUGAAUGGAGCAGAGUUGCAGUCUGGUGGUGAGAAGGCCGGGGAGGAAGAGAGUAUGGAUCCAGAUGUGGACUUUGAGCUGGGAGAAGCAGGCUUGAGCUGUCGGCAUGGGGCCAAUGGAGGAAAUGAAGGGCCAAAAUCCACCGGACAGGAAGUGGCUCCUGGGAAUCAGUCCAGGAGUAGACAAGUCUCAAAGCCGGAAGUUGGGGAAGCCGAAGUCUGCUCCUAUAAGCCUGCUAGUCGGCGUGAGAAAAAGUCCCAAGCGUCGACCAAGAGCUGUUGGCGGUGCUGUCCCUUUUUCCUCUUCCUCUCUAUCCUGCUCCUCCUUAUUGGGGGUGGACUACACCUGUGGCGCUAUGGUACCCCUGCGUCCAUGUCUGACGUGCUGGUUCAGCUGGAGUUGGGCUGGCUGCAGGGCCUCUGGGGAGCACAAGAGCCCUGCAGCUCAGACUGCAGCUUUGCUUUGGUGGAAAGUAUCCCCGAGGGGCUCGUUUUCAGUGAUGGCUCCCAAGUCCUACCCUCCAUCUCACAGGCUUGGACCCAGCUGCUGAGCCAAGCCGACAGCACCGUCAGCAUCGCAGCCUUCUACUUUACUCUCAGGGCCUCGGAUCAGGGACUGACAGAUCAGAGUGACCUGCAGGGUCAACAGGUGUUUGACCAGCUAAUGAAGUUGCGGUCUCAAGGGGUUAAACUCCAAAUCGCUGUAAACGACCCUCAGACCAGUCCCCAGGAUACCAUCGAGCUAAAGACAACAGGUGCAGAGAUUCGGGAAGUGAAUCUGCAGUCUGUGACUGGGGGCAUCAUUCACACUAAACUGUGGGUAGUGGACAAUAAGCAUGUUUAUGUAGGAAGUGCUAAUAUGGACUGGCGUUCGCUUUCACAGGUAAAGGAGGUGGGGGUUUCUGUGGGAAACUGCAGUUGCUUGGCACAGGAUGUGUCACGGGUAUUCGGGGUGUACUGGUACAUGGGCUCUUCGGAAGGGAGUUCCCUGCCUCCCUACUGGCCCGCUAGCUACUCCGCCCUCUCCAGCUCUGAGCAUCCCCUAAACUUAAAUCUCAACGGUGUCCCUGCUCGCGUCUACCUUUCUAGUGCUCCUCCCCAGCUGUCAGGUUAUGGACGCACCAGUGAUCUGUCUGCCAUCCUGUCCGUCAUCUCCGAUGCUCAGAAAUUCAUCUUCAUCUCAGUCAUGGACUACCAGCCCUUUAACGAGUUUACAAAGCCACCCAGGUUCUGGCCUGCGAUUGAUUCAGCCUUACGAGAAGCAGCAUGUGCCAGAGGAGUGGAGGUGAACCUGCUGGUCAGCUGCUGGCCGCAUUCUCGGGGCUCCAUGUUCAUCUUCCUCGAGUCCCUCCUCAUCCUCAACCAACACCCACUGAGCUGCAACAUACAAGUGAAAGUGUUUGAGGUGGACUCCACAGCAGAGCAGCUGAAGAUCCCCUAUGCAAGAGUCAACCAUGCAAAGUACAUGGUGACGGACAGAGUUGCCUACAUAGGAACUUCAAACUGGUCUGAAAAUUACUUCACUGGGACUGCUGGUGUAGGCCUGGUGGUGAAUCAGACGGGAGCUGAGGUGGGCAAGGGCCAGGAAACUGUACAGAGCCAGCUACAAGAGGUUUUUCAGAGGGACUGGAAGUCUAGAUAUGCCCAAGUGCUCUCAUCUGAACAUGUGAAUCGAUGCGGUAAACACAGAUAGUUGAACACAUGCUGCAGUACAGAUAAUGGGCAUACAUUUGGCUUGCAUUUGUAUUACUCAUGGAUGUAGAUGCUUCUAGAGCAGGGUUCCAUUUAUCUCGGGUAUGCCUGAGCAUGGCUUAAAGCAUGCUGUCUCAGCUUAUGUACUUGCACACUAUAAACUCAUGGCGAACGGGUCUAAAAAUGUGGUUUUAAUUGCAGUCCUCUCCAAAAGUAUUGGAACAGCAAGGCCAAUUAUUUUGUUUUUAGAUUCGGGGAUUCAGAUAAAAAGAAGACAAGAGUUCUGAAUUUCAGCUUUUAUUUCUUGGUAUUUACACGUAAAUGUGUGAAAUUACUUAGAACAUAGCACCUUUGGUAUGAGACCACACAAACGUAUUGGUGGUAUUUAAGUAAAUUAAAGUAAAUAACAAGCCAUGACACUUGAGGAAGUGCUUCACAGAUGGGCUUGUAUGUUUUGGAUCAUGAGCAGAUCGCUUCUUUCUCCACACUUUGGCCUUUCUAUCACUUUCUUAGAGGUUGAUCUUGGUCUCAUCAGUCCAUAAAACUUUGUUCCAGAACUUUUGUCACUCAUCUCUACUUUUCUCCAAAAGACAGUUCCCUGGUCUUCAUCUUUUCUAACACAAAUGCAGUCUUCACAGGUAAAACUGAAGGCUAAAACCAAGAGUAGGCAUUCAGAACUAUUUAUUGUUUAAUCAAUCUAACAGGACACAUCUGAGCAACAAGAAACACCUGGGGCGACAUGGCUCAGGCAGUAAGAGCAGUCGUCUGGCAGUCGGAGGGUUGCCGGUUCGAUCCCCCGCCCGGGCUGUGUCGAGGUGUCCCUGAGCAAGACACCUAACCCCCAAAUGCUCUUGACGAGCUGGUCGGGGCCUUGCAUGGCAGCCAAUCGCCGUCAGUGUGUGAGUGUGUGUAUGAAUGGAGAAGCAUCAAUUGUGCAGCGCUUUGGAUAAAGGCGCUAUAUAAAUGCCUGCCAUUUACCAUUUACCUGUCAGUCACAUGUUCCAAUACUUUUGCUCACCUAAAAAUUGGGUGGUCUGAUACAAAAGGUGAUAUGUUGUUUACCAGGAAAUAAAAGCUGAAAUUGGGAUCCGUCAUCUCAUGUACAUAUUUUGACCUCAAACUCAGUUGUCUUCAGUGUAUAGCAAAAACCAAGGAAUUGACCUUGAUGUUCCAAUACUUUUUGAAGGGACUGUAGGUCUAUUUUGUGCUGUCAGAAUUUGUUGAUUUUACUUUGGUUCUGGAAUGUACACUGCCUAAUAUUCUGUUGCCCUUAUGCACCGAUGAGCCUUGGGUGCCAAACACCCAGUUGUCUGUCUGGCCAUUGUCAAAGUUGCUCAGGCUUUUACGCCUACCCAUUUCUCCCACAUCCAACACAUCAAUUAUGUGAACAGUUUGCUUACCAUCUAAUAUAUCCCAGAUCUUGAGAUAUGCCAUUGUUAUGAGAUAAUCAAUGUUAUUUGCUAAUGUUUUGGCUGAUUUGAGAGUGGUCAUAAUGAUUUGGCUCAUCUGGGAGUGGUCAUAAUGAUUUGGCUCAUCUGAGAGUGGUCAUAAUGUUUUGGCUCAUCUGGGAGUGGUCAUAAUGUUUUGGCUCAUCUGAGAGUGGUCAUAAUGAUUUGGCUCAUCUGAGAGUGGUUAUAAUGUUUUGGCUCAUCUGAGAGUGGUCAUAAUGAUUUGGCUCAUCUGAGAGUGGACAUACCGUUUCAUCAGAUGAGCCAAGACAUUAUGACCACUCACAGAAGUUCCAACAACAUAUUAGGCAGGUGGUCAUAAUGUUUUGGCUCAUUGGUGUAUAUUGCUCUCACAUGCUGUUUCAGUUCAACACUAUUUGUUACAUGUUGUUUUUAGUUCAUUUUAAUUGAGAUUGUACAUAUUUUCUUUCUUUGCAUUCUUGCUAUCAUGACAUAGUCAUGAAAUUAAAAUAUAUUUCUAGAAAA